CCUAAAUUUUAUUUUUUCUCUGUGUAAAAUUGAAAGUCUAAGUUUUGACAUUUGCGAAUAUCUCUCAUAUCUCUGGUAUUUAUUGUUAUAAAACAAUAUAGAAAUAGAUUAUUUCAGUAUUUUGUUUUCCAGUGUAGUCCCUGUAAAUUCUUUGUUAUAUCCAAACUAAGAUAAAAAUGGGAAGCUUAGACAGAGGUGUAUUGACUGGUUUUAUAUGUCGUUUAUGUUCUGAAAUGCAUCGUGUUGUUCUUCACAUUUAUGGAGAAGAAGGCAUACGAUUAUGUAUAUCUGAGAAAAUCAAUAGAUAUCUUUCAAUAAACGUGUCACGUUCAGAUCCUCUACCCAAAACUAUUUGCAAGAACUGUUUAGAACGCUUAGAAAAUCAGCAUAGGUUGGUAAUGCGUAUCGAACAUGCAGCAAAUAUGUUAAAAGGACAAAGACGUGCCAGAGUAGGUCGCGGCUGCUAUGUGAGCCUAUGCGAUAACUCCAAUGGACCUCCACAUCCUCCUAUACGAAAAUAAAUUAUUAAUAAUUUUAGUUUGUAUUAUAAAAUUUUAUUCUAUGACUAGAAUUAGUAUUUAUGUAAGAUAUAAAGCAUUGGAAACUUUCAAAGAUAUCUGAAAAUUAAUUUAAAAAAUAUCUAUUAUUUCUCAUUAGAAUAACGAAAAUUUGACUAAAUGUUUGUCACUUUUUUGAAAACAAAUUACAAGCAUUUGUGUAUGGUAAGAUGUCUAGACUUACCUACUACUUAUUAUUUAAGUGCUUAUAAUAAUUUAAAUUAGUCAUAUAAUUUCAAGUUGUAAAUAUUUCAAAAUAC